AUGGUAAACAGCCAGCCCUAUCCAGUAACGAGUAAUAAAAAAACUUAUAAUUAUUUCAAUGAUUUUUAUUCUUAUUGUUUGGAUACAUUUCAAUGGUCACAGUUGAAACCGAAUGGUCAAGUGCCAUGUCCAAGAUCAGCAGCACCUCUUGUCACACUCAUUCCACAAAGUUCGGAUCAACCAACAACGAUGUUUAUUAUUGGAGGAUACUCGAAAGAGAAAAAAGAAAAUAAAGAUAAAGGACAAGUACAUCAAGACGUAUUUCAAAUACAACAACAACAAGAUGAUUUUUGGACGUAUCGUCAAGUAAAAAUAAGUGGUCAAAAACCUGAUGCACGUUGUGGCAGUAGUCUUGUUCAAAUACCCAAUCAAAAUAUGACAGUACUAUUUGGAGGAGUUAUGGAUACAGAAGAUAGUAAUGAUCGUAUGAGAUCAAGUUUUUAUAACGAUUUACAUCGAUUUGAUUUACACAAGUUAAAAUGGUAUCCAGUUGAACUAAAGUAAGAAUAAUGGCCAAUCAACCAAACGCUGUUAGAAAUCCUGGAGGUCUUUGGACCAACUCUGGAGGAGAAGUAUCUAAGAAAGGGCAAGAAAAUUAAAAUGAUGAAAUUCAACUAUUAGCAUAAGGAAGUUUCAGAUAAGACAGUCGAAUAAGACUUUAUAACGGAUGUGGCAGAGAAAAUGAGACUUUUUUGUUUUUUCUUACAACUCGGUCACUUUUAAUCCGAUCGGUCCAAACAUUUUUUUAAAAGAUGCGCUGCGAAAUACUUUACAAAAUCAUACCUAAACUAUAAUGUUAGAACUUCAAUCAAGAAAACUGAGCCAAUUAGAGAUGAAAGUCAAAAAAAAUGUAAACUUUCUAAACUCAAAAUUUUUUUCGACUUG